AUGUCGAAAACAUAUUCAUGUGGUGAUAUACGCGUUAAUGAUAUUUCAACGGAGGAUUUUUAUAAUAAAUUAUAUUGGGACCAUCGAAUUUAUGAUAUUCGAUCAGCUGAAAACUACAUCAGAAGUCACAUCUGUCGUGCUCAUAAUAUGCAUCCUCAUUCGAAGAAUUCAAUCAAGAGCAUCGAACAAGAAAUCGAAAGCGAAUAUGGUAAGAGUGAGCAUCCAUCAACCGUUCUGAUCUACAAAAGUCAACAAACCAAUCCAGCUGAAUUGAAUGUUUUAAUCAAUUUAUUGGAAUAUUUUAAAUCAAAUUCAAGAUCUUUGAAAGAAAUUCUUAUUCUAAUUGAUGGUUUUGAAAACUUUCAAUUCCAUUAUCCAUACUUAUGUAGUGAUAGUGUGCAUUAUAAUGAAUGUCUCCAACUAGUAUGGCCAUCUUGCAUAAACUCGAAUUUAUACCUCGGUUCAUCUAUGUGCCGAAAUGAACUAGUUCUUUCGUUACUCAAAAUUACUCUUGUGAUCAGUUUUAGUGAUUAUCCACCAGAAAAGCUGCGAAUGGAUAAUAUUCAGACGGCACACUGGCAAAUUUCGGACAGUUUAUCAUCGAAUUUACUAGAAAUUCUUCCUUCGGUUGUUGAACGAAUACGAAGAAGUAUUCAUGAUGAAGAUGGAGUUGUUUUAAUUCAUUGCGAUCAAGGUGUCAGCAGAUCAGCUAGCAUAGUAAUAGCAUAUUUAUUAACAUCGGACAUUAAUUUUCUCAGUGUUGACGAUGCUUUCGCCUAUGUCAAAUCAAAACGUAAUGUGAUCAAACCGAACUCAUCAUUUUUGGCACAAUUGGAAGAAUAUUUAGUUUCUAUUCGAAAGAAAAAAAUAAAGAUUUGA